AUGACCUUCGAAAGGACGGCCAACUUGGAAGAGUGGCCGCCCACAGAAUGGGCGAGCGCAUUAGCCCCUAUUUUGACCGGGGUGGCUCAGGAAGCCUAUUUUGACCUGGAUUCCCGCGAAGCUGCGGACUAUGGGCGACUAAAAACCGAGAUCCUGUCCCGGUACCAGCUGACUGCCAGAGAUAGGGCUGUAAAGUUCCAUCAAUGGACCUAUACAGAUGAUCAACCCGUCCGUGCCCAGAUCUUCGCAUUAAUACGACUGACGAAACAGUGGCUAGAACCUGGAAAGGGAGUAGGACAUGUGAUAGAGACUCUCGUAGUGGACAAGAUAUUGAGAGAAUUACCCAGUGACUUAAAAAGGGUUGUGGGGCAAGCCAACCCAUUGUCAGCCGACGACAUAGCCCAGGCGGUGGAAACAUAUCGGUCUACAGGGGAGUUGUUAAAAAGUGACAAGGAGGAACGGAAGGAGUCUUCCAAUCCCGUACCACGACUCACCCCGGCGCGCCCACCACCGAAACGUCCAAGUCCCCCCCGGAGAGGACACGAGUACAUCCUAGUGGUUAUAGAUUACGCUACCAAGUUCCCGGAGGCCAUACCCCUGCGUAACAUGUCGUCAAAGGGAAUUGCCAAGGAGUUAUUCCUGAUGUUCUCUCGUGUGGGCCUCCCCAAGACUAUCUUAACUGAUCAAGGAACCCCGUUCAUGUCCCGGUUGAUGAAGGACUUGUGUCGGUUAUAUCAGGUUCAACAGAUACUACCCCAGGCAUCCACUGGAUUCUCUCCGUUUGAAUUGCUCUAUGGCAGACCCUGUCGAGGAAUCCUCGACUUAGCCAAGGAGACCUGGGAGACCCAACCAUGCCCCUUUCGAUCCACAAUAGAACACGUUACCCUGAUGAGAGACCGCCUGUCAGCAGUGUGGCCCAUAAUCAAGGAGCAUAUGGAGAAGGCCCAAAGGACCCAAGGCCGGGCCUAUGAUAAGUCUGCGACCCCCCCCUGUGAGUUCACCGUGGGAGAGAAAGUGAUGGUGCUUGUGCCCACGGCCGAACAUCGCUUGCUGGCGCAGUGGAGGGGGCCCUACGAGGUCAUGAAAAGGGUCUCACCGGUCAAUUACCUCAUCAAGCAACCUGACAGGAGGAAGAAGGUCCAACUCUAUCACAUAAACCUGCUGAAGACGUACCAUGGACGAGAGGGGGAGGUGGCUGUGAUGGCCCUGGAGGGCAAAGGAAAAGAGGAGGCUCUACCACAGGUGCGCCGUGGCCAAACUCUCCUACCGGAGCAGUCAAGACAGCUAGACAAGUUGAUUAUGAACUUUGGUCGAAUAUUCUCUCCAUUCCCAGGACAAACAGAUGUCCUGUUCCACCAUAUCCACACUGAACCCGGCAAGAAGGUGCAUAUCCGCCCUUACAGGAUUCCUGAGGCUCGCAGAGUCAUCGCUAAGAAAAAGGUGAGGGAGAUGUUGAGGAUGGGCGUGAUCGAGCCCUCGACGAGUGAGUGGUCCAGUCCCAUAGUCCUGGUCCCCAAAUCCGAUGGUAGUAUGAGACUCUGCAACGACUUUAGGGGCGUGAAUGCCAUCUCUACAUUCGAUGCGUAUCCCAUGCCCCGCGUGGAUGAACUCUUGGAGCGCUUAGGAAAGGCCAAGUUCAUCACUACCCUGGAUUUGACCAAGGGAUAUUGGCAAGUGCCGGUGGCUCCAGAGGAUCACCCAAAGACUGCCUUCGCCACCCCAGAGGGGCUUUUCCAGUAUGUGAGGAUGCCCUUCGGACUGCACGGUGCCGUUGCAACCUUCCAACGCAUCAUGGAUGCCAUUCUACGGCCCCAUCAAGAGUAUGCAGCGGCGUACAUAGACGAUGUGGUCAUCCACAGCGAGGACUGGGAUAGUCACCUCCUGCGAUUACGGGCGGUGCUCGUGAGUUUGGAAGCCACAGGGUUGACAGCCAAUCCAAAUAAAUGCUGCCUGGGCUUGUCCGAAGCGGAAUACCUGGGGUACACCGUGGGGAAUGGGAAAAUACGCCCACAGGCAGAGAAGACCAGGGCAAUUCGUGACUGGCCUCGACCCCGGACCAAGCGUGACGUCCGGGCCUUCUUAGGGAUAACAGGAUAUUAUCGCCGUUUUAUCCCGGGAUAUGCAACCAUUGCCAAUCCCCUCACAAACCUCAUCAGGAAAAACCUGCCAAACCAGGUAGAGUGGAAAGACGAGACGGAAGAGGCCUUUCAAUUGCUAAAAGAUGGCCUGUGUUCUGAUCCCGUUCUACAGGCUCCGGACUUCUCACAAGAGUUCAUUGUGCAGGUCGACGCCUCGGAUACAGGGCUCGGGGCCGUACUAGCUCAGGGUAAAGGUGAAGCAGAGAAGCCGAUUCUCUUCAUUAGUAGGAAGCUCAGCGAUCGGGAACAGAGGUAUGCGACCGUAGAGAAAGAGGCCUUAGCCAUCAAGUGGGCCCUCGAUUAUCUCCGGUACUACCUACUGGGUCGGAGGUUUACAUUAGUUACUGACCAUGCGCCCCUCACGUGGAUGGCUGGUAAGAGAAACAAUAACAACAGAAUAGCCAGAUGGUUUUUGUCUUUACAACCGUUCUCUUUCUAUGUCAUCCACAGGGCCGGAUCGAGGAACGGGAAUGCAGACGCGCUGUCCCGACGCGACCAAGACGGUGCGUCUGGCGCCCGACCCUCCGGUUCGGUCCUGGGGGGGAUGGUAUGUGGAAGGACCACCAGAGGGCAGGCUGGGCUCAUGGAUAGUAGCCCAACAAGGCAUGGGAGACAAGGUAACCAGAGGCAAUUAAGCACAGCUGACGGUACUAAUGACAUACUCUCCUUCCCCUAUAAGAGAGAGAAUGGAACCAGCAGGGAGAAGGGGAAACUAUCUCUGGAAGAUGGCCACCGAGAGAGAGGAGCUAUCCAGGAAGAACCACUAAGACGGUGACAAUCCUGUGACUUUUUGUUGUAGUUUAAAGAUAAGCCUAUUGUGUUCCUGUUUCAUCUGGAGAAGAUGUAUGUUGUUCCUUGGAAGAUUUUCAUUGAUUAUGUUGGAGUGUUUGUGUUGACCAAAUGCCCUCAAUAGAGAACUGUGUUCAAUCAAGAAAACCUACUCCUGACUCGUUUAUUCCA